AGGAAGGAAAAAAAAAAAAAAAAAAAAGAGUAUAGGAUAGAACCAUGAAAUCUUGCUGUCUGUUUUGCAUCCACAUAUAGCUCCUUAAAAGAUCAAAAAAUCUCCAUGUUAAAUUUCUCUCGCUCUUUUUCAAGAAAAUCUUUGUUCCUCCAUGUACUAUAAUAUCAAGAAUGUCAUCAGCAAUAUGUUCAUCAAUGGUACCUCACUGGAGAUACUGUAACAAGAAUUUGCACUACUGGAUAUUGCCACCUUCAAAGACUAAACUUAGUUUCGUUUAUUUCCCUAUUUUCUCUUCUUUCACUAAUAAUGAUGAUUCUGUCUCACCCAUCAAACAAAAUCAGGCUAUGUAUGAUCCUUCGGAGGAGCUGUUUGGACUUGCUGCAGAUUUGCAGCCAAGGAAGGUCGUUUCUAGUGCUUCGAAUCAAAGGUCGUGGUUUGGCCCAAACGGCCAGUAUAUAAGAGAAUUGCCUUGCCCAAGCUGCAGAGGAAGGGGCUACACUCCAUGUGUCGAAUGUGGAAUAGAGAGAUCUCGCUUAGAUUGUUCACUAUGUAAUGGAAAGGGUAUGAUGACUUGUCAUCAGUGCGGAGGAGAUUGUGUCAUUUGGGAAGAGUCUAUUGAUGAAAGACCUUGGGAGAAAGCUCGAUCAAGUUCCCCUUUAAAAGUAAAGGAAGACGAUGAAGUGGACAACUUAGACAUAAACCUUCGUGCGAAGAGAAAAACCAAGCGUGUCUACCAAUCUCCCAACACGGAAGUCAAUUUGAAGAUCAGCAGAUCACUAAAAAGCCUAAAUGCCAAGACUGGAUUAUUUAGCAAGAGGAUGAAAAUUAUCCAUGGCGAUCCCAUGCUUCAUGCAGAAAGAGUAGCUGCUAUUAAGAAAGCAAAAGGGACACCAGCUGCUAGAAAACGUGCCUCGGAAUCCAUGAAAAAUUACUUCCGCGAUCCAGAUAACCGUCGCAAGAGAAGCAUAUCCAUGAAAGGGGUGAAAUUUUACUGUAGAAAUUGUGGACAGCAAGGGCAUAGGAGUAACUACUGUCCAGAAAUUCGAGACAACACGGAUAGACGUUAUAGAUGUGGAUUAUGUGGAGCAAAAGGUCAUAAUAGAAGAACCUGCUUAAAGUUGACCUUAAUUGUACCGAAAAAGAUGGUUAAGAUUAACCAUCAUUGCAGCAAGUGUCAAAGAAUUGGACAUAAUAGAAGGACAUGCCGCCAAAAGAAUGAGUUCGACACUAAAGUUGUUGCGACAAUCAAAACUCGAGUAAAGAGAACUUACAGCUGCAGCGUGUGCUUAGGAAAAGGACACAAUGCCAGGACAUGUGUUCAUAAAAUAACUCCAAAAGCAGAUAGUUCUUUGUAAGAAAUCCCUGAUGUCCGACUUUAUUCACAUAUUUCGGUUAAUCAAAUAUUCUGGUUCUUUUC